GCUCGCGUGAUGUGUUUGUGUAUCCUCAGUGUUUUUCUCUCUUGAGUGUUUUAUUGAGUGUAAACAGAGUCUUGUGCCUGUGUAUUUUAGUGUUGAUGAUGAUGGAUGUGAUGUGCUGUAAAUCAGGAACUGAUCAGGGCUUACAGGAUGAGGAAUCUACUGAUCAAACCUCCACAGAGUCUCUGGAUUCUGUCUGGAACGCUGGAGAACAGCAGCAGAUCCUGCAGACCAAACUCAAGAUGUGUUCAGUCAAACUCAUUGACUGCAGGAACCUCGUGAGGAAGAUGAGAAGAGAACCCACAGCAGGAGAAGAUCAAACUGAGGAAGAAGAGGAUUUUAUUUCUUCAGAUUUGAGAAGUGAUUCGUGUUCAGGUGGAGAAAUAACGUCCUCGACAUCAAAAAAGCGACAGACCGCACAAUCUCUUUCCUGCAUCACCUGUGGAAAGACAUUCACCUCACAUUUACAUUUAAAGAGACAUGAGGGAAAACAUACAGAACAUAAACUCUUCACCUGCAAGAGAUGUAAGAUCAGCUUUACUACCUUACAAGAAAAGGAACUUCAUUCACAAGAACACAGAGAGAAGAAGAUCAAGUUUGAGUGUCAGCAGUGUGGAAAGGUUUGUCUCAUCUUAUCUGAGUUGAAACGCCACAUGAGGACACACAUUGAUGAAAAGCCUUUUCACUGCACUGAAUGUGGCAAAUAUUUCAGCACCGAAGGAUAUCUUGAUGCUCAUAAGAAAAUUCACACAGGAGGAAAACCAUACGAGUGUCCUCACUGUGAGAAGAAAUUUGGCAAAAAAGCCCAUCUGAUGAGACAUGUGCUUAUACACACCAAUGAGAAACCGUAUCAGUGCAGUGAAUGUGACAAAGCCUUUAGGGAUUCAGAUUCAUUAAAAUCGCACCAGAAAAUUCACUCUGAGGAGAAACACUAUUAUUGUUUACACUGUGAUAAACGUUUCAGUCAUAAAUGUAGUCUUAUAGUCCAUGAGAGACUUCACACUGGAGAGAAACCUUUUCGCUGUACUGUUUGUGGGAAGAGUUUUCGUCAAAGUGGCAGUUUAUUGUCACACCAGAAAGUUCAUACAGGUGAAAGACCUUACAAAUGCUCUCAAUGUGAGAAGACGUUUGCUCAUUCAGCUUCCUUUAAAGCCCAUCAAAGACUUCACACUGGAGAGAAACCUUAUUGCUGCUCUCAUUGUGGAAAGAGCUUCUCGGAUCCAUCUUGUUUUAGAGUUCAUCAAAGAGUUCACACUGGAGAGAAACCUCAUCACUGUGAUCUUUGUGGGAAGAGUUUCAGUCGACAUGACAGUUUAGUGACACACCAGAAAGUUCAUACAGGUGAAAAACCUUACAAAUGCUCUCAGUGUGAGAAGACGUUUGCUCAGUCAAGUUACUUAAAAAUACAUGAGAGAGUUCACACUGGAGAGAAACCUUAUGUCUGCUCGAUCUGUGGAAAGAGCUUCUCUCAAUCAUGUUAUUUUAAACUUCACCAGAGAAUUCACACUGGAGAGAAACCUCAUCACUGUAAUGUUUGUGGGAAGAGUUUUAAUGUACAACAGAGUUUAGUGCUGCACCAGAGAACUCAUACAGGUGAAAAACCUUACAAAUGCUCUCAUUGUGACAAGACAUUUACUAAUUUAUCAUCCGUAAAAUCCCAUGAAAGGGUUCACUCCGGAGAGAAACCUUACGUCUGCUCGAUCUGUGGAAAGAAAUUUGGUUAUGCCAUAAGUCUUCAGAAUCAUCAGAAGAAACAUACUGAAGAACAGACUACACUGAAAAAAAUCGUAGUGUCUUAAAGUCUUUACGCACGAGACGGUGGCGCUACAGCACACACAAUUGUAUUGACAGUGUGUCGGGUUCUUUCUCUCUGCGUCAUGCAUUUAAAAUCCUUUAAUGCACGUCAAGUCUUGAUUAUCCCUUUAAUAUUCAUUUACUUUAUCAUUCACUUUUAUUCUUAAAUUUAUAUUUUGAUUUAUAUUACCCGGCUCCCUAAAAUGCUAGAUGCUAGAUUAGAUACAUUAUCCCUUACAUAUUAUCUGCAUUUGAUUCAAUCUAGUUGUUUUAAUAUUCUUUAAAUCUUAUUUUGGCACUGUAUAUCUUUUAAUGCUAUUUUAAGUCUUCAAUGGUCUCCAUCUCAAGGUUUUUAUUAACGUCAUGAGAAUGUUGUGAUGUCCACUGUCUGUGGUACAAUAACACCUCCUAAAUCUGCUUCUAUUCAGAGAAAGUUAG